AGUACUGUAAAUUAUAUAAAAUUUAAUCUCAUUUAUCAUAGGUUGUGUAAUAAUUUUGUACUGACAGCAUACUCACUGUAUACUCCAUAUGCAUUUACACCAACAGGUAAUGGAAAAGGAGGUGGAAGAUAUCAUCCAGGAAUGUAUCAGACCCAACUUCGUGGAGUUGCCAGUGGUGAUCGAGCGGCUGCCCACGCCAAAUAUGCAGGGGCAGUACUACCCCCUCGACACUGACCUCGAAGAACACGAAUCGCUUCCUUACGAUAACGACUCCCCCCAGCUCAUGAAGGAGGGUGACCAGACGGUGAAAGUCCCAACUGAACAGCAGGAAAAGGAAGACAACGAGAAUGACUCACAGAGCCAAAGUCAUGAAUCUGAUGACGUCAUCUACCAGGUCAUCCCUCGCCAAGCACAGGGAGGCACCUACACAUGGGGCUUCUUCCUGGAAGGUGCACGCUGGGAUCGUGAACAACAUUGCUUGGCGGAGAUGUCAGCCAAGCAGCUACAUGACCAGUUACCUAUCAUCCUUUUCCAACCUGCUGCCCUCCCAGACAUGUCACACCAUGAGGGUGUGAGCUGUAAAUAUGAAGACCAGGCAGAAGAGAAAGGCAUGUACCACUAG